UCUGUGUGCAGGAAUUAGCAUUGUAUAUUUGCAUUGUAUAUCCGCCGGUAAAGACAUACUUUAGACCCGGACCCUUUAUGGGAAACCAAGCGUGUCAGUAAACAAGUUACACCCUCAUGCUUGGGUUUCCGCGAAGAUUGCGGCAGUAAAUAGCGUUUACGGCGCUGGGUGACGUCGGGCUGUUUUUUUCUGCAGGAUGUAGUCAGGAGGCGCCCCGCUUCCUGUUCCCGGCCUGUGCUCAGCUGCUGCCGGUGCUGCCUCCCGUCCGCCUUCUGCAGGGUCUUUACAAGAUGCCGCUUAAGUUCGAACUGUGUCCCGGCAGGAUGAUCGGGGGCAACAACCCGUGUUUCAUCAUCGCCGAGAUCGGACAGAACCACCAGGGGGACAUCGAGGUAGCAAAGAAGAUGAUCCGAAUGGCCAAGGACUGUGGGGCGGACUGUGCCAAAUUUCAGAAGAGUGAGCUUGACUUCAAGUUUAACAAACGCGCCUUGGAACGUCCAUAUACUUCCAAGCAUUCGUGGGGCAAGACGUACGGGGAGCAUAAGCGCCACCUAGAGUUCAGCCACGAGCAGUACAGGGAGCUGCAGAAGUACGCCGAAGAGGUUGGGAUAUUCUUCACAGCCUCGGGGAUGGAUGAGAUGGCCGUGGAAUUCCUCCACGAGCUAAACGUGCCAUUUUUCAAGGUUGGCUCAGGAGACACCAACAAUUUUGUCUACUUGGAGAAGACAGCGCAGAAAGGUCGUCCCAUGGUGGUGUCCAGCGGCAUGCAGUCCAUGGAGACCAUGCGGCGAGUUUACCAGACCGUCAAGCAGCACAACCCGAACUUCUGCAUUCUGCAGUGCACCAGCGCCUACCCGCUGGAGCCCGAGGAUGUCAACUUGCGCGUCAUCACGGAGUACCAGAAGGAGUUUCCAGACAUCCCUAUUGGCUACUCCGGCCACGAGGGCGGGAUCAGUAUAUCGGUGGCAGCUGUAGCCCUGGGGGCCAAAGUCCUAGAGCGUCACGUGACUUUGGACAAGAGCUGGAAAGGCAACGACCACGAGGCGUCCCUGGAGCCGGCGGAGCUGGCGGAACUGGUGCAGACCGUGCGAAUGGUGGAGCGAGCCCUGGGCUCGGGCCUCAAACAGAUGCUGCCAUGCGAGAAGCCCUGUCACGACAAGCUGGGGAAGUCGGUGGUGGCCAAGGUGACCAUCGCCAAAGGCUCGGUCCUCAGCCUGGACAUGCUGACGGUGAAGGUGGCUGAGCCCAAGGGCGUGGCGCCUGAAGACAUCUUCCAGCUGGUGGGGAAGAGGGUCACAGAGGACGUGGAGGAGGACGCCAGCGUCACUGAGGACGUGGUCGACAGCUACGGCAAGAAGAACAAGUCCUGAACAGGUGACUGUUGGGGCCCAUGGCUGAGAGAGACGACCUGAGAGGUCCUGGAAGAUCUCCACGUUCCCAUUUCAUAACCAAGGGAGUCUUCCGUGUCUCCAAGUUGGAGAGUUAAUUGAUGAAAAUGUAGCAUUAAUCAAGAGGGUACACAGUAUUGCACUGAUUGCACUAAAUGGUUAUGGGGAUUUGUACCUUGAAAAUGAACGGCACUUAUCAGGUGUUUUCUGUGAGCAUGUCGGCGCUCCAUGUGUGUACUGGGUGUUUCCAGUAAGUUCUGUCAUUGCCCAGGUGCUGGAGAGUUUUGCCAAAAAGGAGAAUAAAAAUCAACUGCAGAGGA